CAUAGGAAAGGGUAUAUAAGGGAACUUCGAACAGACCUCUAUUUAAAUUUUCUACGCCUUUACUGCAACGACGAAUUAGAACAUUACGUUAUAAAACCUAACGUCCAGCAUAUUUUAAUCGCUUAUAACAAGAAACCUGCCAGACGAAAUGAAAACAUCAGUGAAUAUGAAGCUUAUAGUAGUGUUGUUCGUGUUUGGUAUCAUUCUUUCUCCAAUUAAUUCUAUGGACGCUUCGGUAUUUAGACCUGCAGAUCAAUAUCAAUUUCUUAGGGAUGCCCUUAAUAUUUAUUGUCCAUGGACUUGUCGCAAUCAAAGAGACUUUCGAUUUUGCUUUAUUGAAAAUGGCGAUAAAAUUAUUCUAGAUUUCGGCAUAAAUUGCGUUCGACAACAUUUAGGUUUUUGCCAGACUGUAGAGAAAUGUUGCGAUCUAAUAUGUGAAAAUCGAAAGACAAAUGGACAAGACUACGACGAUUUUAUCCAGUGUUAUGCUAAUGCUACAUAUACUCAGAGUUUCGCGGAUUGUAAUGUUUAUUCGAGAAUCCAAGAAUGCCUGGAAACUGCGCCUGAUUGUUGUUAAUAAAACUGAAUUUCUUCGACUUUUCUUCGUUGUCAAUUUAUUGAAGAAUUGCAUUUACAUGAUCUUUAAUUUUCUUAUUUGAUGUAUAACAAAUUAGUGUAGGUUAAUUAUAUCGCUAUAUAAAUUUAUACUUUAAAUUCUGAGUUGAUUUAAAUUGUAGAAUUGUAUUCAAAUUUCUGAUGAUUCAGAAUUUGCUUAAAUAAAGUAUUUUAAUAACUUGACUUUUA